AUGCAACACGUCGGUGCAGUCGGCAUAGCUUUUCUGUUGGGCCAAGACAACACGUCAGCAUUGCCUCGCAUGAUUGCUGGAUGCGACAAUGGCAAUAAACCUACUUUGCACUCGGCUGAUAUAAUCGGUGUCUUGCCAGGCUUUGGCUCCGACCUCCUCGCCGCCAUCGUCUCCUCCGCCUGGGAAUCGACGGGCGCGGAGAGCGCACCGGCGACGAGGAGAGAUGCCAGGGUCAAGGCGGAAAGGGCGAGUCGGGAAAGCAUUCUACUUUUGCGUCAGCCCAUGGUCGUCGUCGGCCUCGGGCGCGAGAGAGGGUGUGGGGAGCCGGCUACUUCAGUGCGGGAUGUGGUACGGGCAGCGGCGAUUCCUGUCGACGUUGGCACGAGGUUCGAACACGGCAGGGCGAGUGGUGGGAUGAAUGGUAGAAUCGUCUGUCCGAGCCUUUGCUCGUCGUCCUCGAAGCCGGCGAAGGUGGUGCCUUUUAACGACGCCGUUGAGCCCGACUCCGACCACAUUCCGCAGUGGAGCCAUCACCUCAGGCGACCGACAGUGGCCGACAGUCGCCCUGGCCGGAUCCCCAUCGAACCAGCUUGGCCAGAAAGUUGGACGUCUGCACGCCAUGGCACCGGUGAUGGCUGA